AGUCACAAAUUCUGGUGGAUUGUGAUAUUUCGUUUGCGCCUCAAAAGCUACAACUCAUCACAUACACUGUAGCUCAUCGUAAUCCCGUCAUGGGAAAUUGCCUCGUGAUUCAAGACAGGAAGGAGAUCAAGCAGCUCCAGGGAGCCCUCGCCGAGCCCCCGCCGGGCCACGGCAUCUCUGGCGUGCUUCCGGCGGCGAUGGCGCCAACGGCUGUCGACGACCCGGGCGCCGUCAGGGUGAAGCUGGUCGUCAGCAAGCAGGAGCUCAAGAAGAUGCUCGACAAGGAGGGCAUGUCGCUGGACGACGUGGUGACUCUCAUGCGCAAAGAAGCAAAUGCUAGAGACAGUGAUCAAGGGUGCUGUGGAGGAUGGCGGCCUGCACUGGAGAGCAUACCGGAAGGCAGCAGCUUUUCUUCUUAACAGCCGGGAUCGUUCAGAAAUCAAUCCUCGAGCUUGCAAGGUUGUCUUUGGAAUAAGGUUAGCUUGCUAGCAUAUACAUGUGAAUAUAGAGAUAGAAUACGGUAGGAGUUUUGAGACAAGGAUUAUCUUUAUCUUUUCUUGCUGCUGACAUGCUUGUAAAGAAGAGGUAAAGAUGAUCCUGGAUAUCAAGCGGGUCAUUAUAUAGUUCCAUGCUGUGUCCUCAUCUCUUUCAUCAGUAAACCAGUUUUGGUUGUCAACAAUGGAAAUCAAAAAGGGUAUCUCAUACAUCCGUCAUGUGUUUGAUCUUUGUUAA